CUUUUUUUCAGUCAGUAAUUCCCAGGCUGAAGUGGUAGUGUGACAUCGGCAUUGGAACAGGAAUCAGGAUCUGCAUCCGGUUAGAUAGCAGACUGCAGGAAACCAGUUCAUCUUAAAAGCUUGAAAACAAAGCCUAACAAGUCAUUGUAAAUGAGGAACUUGUAUGCUGCUUGCCAAUAAAAAUAAAUAAAUAAAUAAAUAAAAUUGAACUACCAACAUCCUGAAGACUGCUUGAAUUAAGCUUACAGAACUGCACAAUGGAAAGCACUCUGUUUAAUGCACAUUCCCGUAGCUCCAACCAGAGACAUUUAAACAUGAAAGUUAUAUAUCUAUUUGUUGUGAUUUGUUUAACUGCCAUCGUUUACACUGAUGAAGAUUAUUAUAAACGUCUUGGAGUGUCAAGAGAAGCAAGUACGAGAGAAAUAAGGCAGGCCUUCAAAAAGCUUGCCCUGAAGCUGCAUCCUGAUAAAAACCCAAAUGAUGAAGAGGCACAUGACAGGUUUUUGAAAGUAAACAGAGCUUAUGAAGUUUUAAAAGAUGAAGAUCUCAGAAAGAAAUAUGACAAAUAUGGAGAGAAGGGGCUUGAGGACAACCAUGAAGGAGGAAGAUAUGAAAGCUGGAAUUUCUACCGUUACGAUUUUGGCAUCUAUGACGAUGAUCAUGAGAUCAUUACCUUGGACAGAGGAGACUUUGAUGCAGCUGUUAACUCUGGGGAACUGUGGUUUGUGAAUUUCUACUUCCCUCGAUGUUCGCACUGCCAUGAUCUAGCACCAACGUGGAGAGAAUUUGCUAAAGAAAUGGAUGGAGUGAUCCGGAUCGGGGCUGUAAACUGCGGUGACAACAGAAUGCUCUGUCGAUCGAAUGGAAUAAGCAGCUAUCCCAGCCUGUACAUUUAUAAGGCAGGAAUGAAUCCAGAGAAGUUUUUUGGAGACAGAACAAAGAAAAAUCUUCAAGAUUUUGCUAUGCAGUUUGUGAAAAGCAAAGUAACAGAGCUGUGGGCAGGCAAUUUUGUGGAGGCUGUCGAAAAAGCUUUUAUUUCAAGAAUUGGAUGGCUAAUAACGUUUUGUGCAGAAUCAGGAGACUGCCUGGGAUCAGAAACUCGUCUCAAGUUAGCAGGAAUGCUGGAAGGCCUGGUUAAUGUAGGGUGGAUGGACUGUUCUAUGCAAGCCCAGCUUUGUGACAGUUUUGAUGUCACAUCUAGUACUACAGCUUAUUUCCCGCCUGGAGCUACCCUUAAAGACGGUGUGCUGUUUCUUAAUACCCUUGAUAGAAUGGAGAUUUACACUGAAGUUAUGCAACAUUUACCUGACUUGGAAGAGCUUACACGAGAAACAUUUAAGGAGAAACUGGCCCAUCACCGCUGGCUUCUGCAUUUUACUUUUGGUGAGAAGGAGUCAGGCACACAUGAUUACAAAAAGCUUAACGCUCUUUUAAAAAAAGACAAUAUACAGGUUGGAAGGAUUGACUGCCAGUCAGAAUCAGAUUUGUGUAAUUCUUUAUAUAUCCACCAACCAAGCAUAGCAGUCUUUAAGGGCACCGGCAUAAAUGAUUUUGAGAUCCACCAUGGGAAGAACGUUUUGUAUAAUAUUGUUGCCUUUGCAAAAGAUAGUGCUAGUGCCCAUGUUAAGACACUUGGACCAGAAACCUUCCCAAACAAGGAGAAAGAGCCUUGGCUUGUGGACUUCUUUGCACCAUGGUGUCCUCCUUGCCGUGCUCUGCUCCCAGAGUUAAGGAAAGCUUCGAAACAUCUAUUUGGUAAAUUGAAGUUUGGCACGCUUGAUUGCACUAUCCAUACGGAGCUUUGUAGUAUGUACAACAUUCAGGCCUACCCAACAACAGUUAUAUUCAACCAGUCGAGCAUUCACGAGUAUGAAGGCCACCACUCCGCUGAUGGGAUUUUGGAGUUCAUUGAGGAUCUUGUGAAUCCCUCAGUAGUAACGUUUAACCCCGAUACAUUUGAUGAACUAGUAAAAAACAGAAAACUUGGUCAGAGCUGGUUGGUGGAUUUCUAUGCGCCGUGGUGUGGACCAUGUCAGGCACUGUUGCCAGAAUGGAAGAGAAUGGCCAGGCUUUUGAGUGGAAUUGUCAACGUUGGAAGUGUUGACUGUCAGAAGUAUCAUUCCCUCUGUCAAGGAGAAAGUGUUCGUGCCUAUCCUGAAAUACGCUUCUACCUACCAAAAUCAAAAAAUGGGGAUGAAUAUCAUAGCUACAAUGGGUGGCACAGAGAUGCAAAUUCAUUAAAAGCUUGGGCAUUGGGAACCCUUCCUCGUGCUUCAGUUGAUUUAACACCUGCAGAUUUUAAUAAGAAAGUACUGAAUGGAGGAGACCACUGGGUUAUUGAUUUCUAUGCACCUUGGUGUGGGCCGUGCCAGCAUUUUGCCCCAGAGUUUGAACUUCUAGCCAGGUCUGUUAAAGGACGUGUAAAAGCUGGUAAAGUGGAUUGUCAAGCUUACCCACAAACAUGCCAGGCAGCUGGAAUAAAGGCUUAUCCUACUGUCAAAAUGUACCCCCACCUUGGGGAAAAGAAGACAAGUGCAGAGGGAGAAUACAUAAACAGUCGAGAAGCUACAGUGAUAGCUAACCUUCUGAAUAUGCGGUUAAAACAGAUAUCCGCUCCAUUACAGGACCAAUCCAAACUCAAGGAUGAGCUCUAACAGAUUGGGACAACCCCCCCAGAAUUCCUUCAAACGUUUGAGAGGUGCACCACCCAAAAUGUAAAAACGAAAAGAUUUCAGGACAAAGCAGAUCUUGGAUUAAAAAAAUAAAAUAAAAAGUUGUCUUGACAUGAUGUGGGAUAGUUUUUACUUUCUACUUUAGAAAGGUGUUUUUCAUUUAUUAAUGUUAUGUUACUGGCUGACCAAAGGUUAGUUUAUUGAAAUGAAUUUUGUAAACAUCAGGAAAACAAUAAUCUGAUUGAAGCAUGUAAUUAAUUUUUAAACUGCACCAAAGGAUUGAAAUAGUGAGAUUAUUAAAUGUUUUUGACCGUUGAUAGAGUAAUUCUACUAAUAUACACACCUACAAUGGCCUCUUUAGGUAAUUUGAGCAACUGUAUUUCAAAAUAAGCAAAACCUGAUGGCAGCAAAGCAUUGAACAUUGUUCGGCAAUCAAAAAAUGAUCUUGUUUCAUUUAUUAGGCUGAGAAAUUAAAGUAAUGCAGACAAAUCAUCAUUUAGGCCUUUAAAAUAAGCUUAAUACUAUUCUAUAAAACUCCUACAGUCUUUUUUCAUGUAGGAUUUUUUUUUUUUGGUAAAGAGUUUUUUGGGAUUGUAAUUAUGUUUUAGAAUUAUUUAGAUUUAUGAAAUAUACGGCAAACAUUAUAGGUAAAUUACAAAAUGUAAGCACACUAAGUGCAGAGUAAUAAUUGGAAGAGGGCAUCUAACCACUUAUUUUCUAAAGCAAAAUAAUUGUGGAGUUUACGGACACAAUCGCUGUAAUGAUGUCUCCUGAUCUCCUCUUCUUGUUAACCUAUGGAAAUUGGCUGCCACAAACUGAAAACAAAAGAUGACUGCACUGUAAACAGUAUUCGCUGCUGUCUGUUUGUUUGUUUUUACUUUAAAGAGAUACAUUAAUGCUUCUCUAUACCUUUUACAGAAACUGGUUUUAAAGUACACUCCGAUUAUAUUUUUAUGUUUGUUAUAUUGCCUUUUCAUUGUGUAAUAUCAAUUAUUCAUUCUGCCAAGUUUUAUAGCUGUAAUAAAUCCUCAAGAUUUUUUUUUAAUAAAACAAAAACAAAAAAACUGAUUUUCUUUUGUAAAGUGUGUUGAUGAAACCAAUUUAAUCUAAAUAUAUAGGCAAUUUGCAUUCAUGAAAAUGAUAGAAAACAUACUAAAUAAUAAUAAUUAUGCAUUUGAACUUGUGUGCGUUUAAGCUAGUAAGACUAGCACAAAUGCUUAACUUCUAUCUGUAGACAAAGACGGCAAUGUUUUUUUUUUUUACAGUUUCCGCAACUGACCACUAGAUGGCAGCAAAGUAAAGCAAUACAUGCCUAAACCAAUGCUGUUCUGAAAUGUAGUUUUAAACAGGCAGACUUCUGAGAAAUAGUAAAUUAAUGAAAAGAUUAUAUGUACUGCCUAAUCAUAAGUCAAGUAAAUUAGGGCACCCUUUUUACUUUUAUUUGAAAUCAACUAUUAGAGAAUACAUCUAAUAUGUGUGUAUAUGUUAAAUCAUGUCUCGGUGCUCUUGAGCUCAGAAAGAUUUUCACACAUUGUUUAUUGUUGGUUUUUUUUUUUUAACCUGGUUUUUAAACCCACUGAUAUUUUACCCAUAAAUGUCAUAGUUUUUUUGUUGAUUUUAACUUCAAAGAAUAUUUAGGUGCCUUUACACUUUUUAGCAAUUCCACCUGAGUGAAGCUCUGUAGCGCACAAACUUGCUGAAUUAAAGGUAUGAUAGUAAAGAACAGGUGACAUAAUUUCACAGGUGUUUAAAGACUGUCAUGUUUC